AUGGCGAUGGAGUUUGCGCCGGAUGAGAGUCGCACUUCCUUCUCCGGCAGCCUUACCAUCACCAAGACAACGCUGACGGUGUUCAAGGCAACAAGAAGCCCUGCCACCGCGGUGCGCGACCCCGCGACGAAUGAGUUCUUCUUUGUUGGCGUGUGCAGCACACCACUCAUCCAGUUUUAUCGCCACAAGAGCGUCAUCACGCUCAUGCGCGGCACCAGCUUCCUCUUCGAUAAUGCCGCCGUCUCAAUCGACCUCCAGCUCGGCUCUGACGCCAGCAACCACAGAGGCUCGUCCAUUCACAGCAGCAACCACUCCCGUCGCGAUAACCCAACGAUGUGGGAGACACUAGCGAUGCGCUUCACCUCGCUGGAGGAUUGCGACCGUACUGUGGAGGUGCUGCUGGCCCACAACGCGGAGGAGGUGUUUGUGCCACCGUUUCCGAUGCGCUUGCAGGGCGACGCGUCGCGCAACACGUCAACUACUACGAUUCUGAACAGAUACAACAGCCACGGUUCGCCGAUCUUAAACAGCCACCGUUCAGCGUCGAUCCCCAUCAGUGAACGUUCUGAGCGCAGAGACAGCACGCACCGCACCAACACUCGAGGCAGCACUGCACAGACGGAAGUAUCGACCCCGCGCAGCUCCCGCCUCCCGUGCCGCCGCGAGAGCGACGAUGCGGCAACGCGCUCGUCGGUGCAUACUGUCGAGCUCACGCCGCGCAGCUCCCGCUUGCCAUCUCGCCGCGACAACGACGACACGGCUUCCCUGUCGACGCCAUCGCAGUCGAUCCGCUCCUUGCAGCAGCGCGUGGCGCCUGGCCGCUCCACUGCCGCCAGAACACCGAACCAGCCCGACUCUGAGAAGCUGCAGGGGCCACAGCGCCGCCAUCACAGCUCCGAGAAGAAGCGCGAUACUUCGGCAGUGACAUCAGCGUCUCACAGCCGGUUGCACUCAUCUGCGCACCGUCGGCUCGUCGACCCGGCGGAGCGCGAGUUUGCCACGGUGGAGGUGGCCCGCCCGCACAGUCGCCCGCACACUUGCCGCAGCCAUUCCCGCGCCUCUGCGUCGUCUCGGUCCUCGCAUCUCAACGGUGCCGCUAUCGCUAUGCAUGAAGACAUCCAUGUGCGUCGCCACGGCACCCCGCGCAGUGCGCGCAGCACGCAUAGCGCCACUUCCAGCACUACCUCCGCGUCGGCGUUCCGCCGGUACGUCUCCCCCUGCACCGACACUAAAGACCGCAACUCGAGCGUCAGCCCACGAAGCCCCGUGUCGCACACGAAGCUCGGGCAGGACGCCUUCCUGCGCAGCAUGCAGCUGCUGCAGCACGACCGCCUUCACUUCAUGGAGCACCUCCACAAGGAUGCAGCGCACCAGGUCUACUUGGCCGAGGAGGCGAAGUUAAAGGCCGCUACGGCGUCUGCCGAGAGGAGCCUGUCGCGCCACCGUGCACGCUCGGCCGCGGGAGGAGAGAUGUCUGAGGCGGAGGUGGCGCGCCUGCUCGAGAUUGAGGGUCGCUUGGUGAAAGUCGAGGCCCUCCAUAGUGAAGCGGAGCGUGAACGCGAGGAGGCUGCGCGGCUGCGUCGCGAGUACGAGUUGAAGAACGAAGAAAUGAAUGCACGCAUCGGCGGCUCCCACGACGUGUCAGAGGUGAACUCGUCCUUGGUAAGCCCGCACCGUAGUAGCGUGCACCCGAUGAACGGCCAGCUGAUGGUGAUGCCGCCGCAGAACGGCGGGGGCAGCAGCUAUUUUUUGAUGGGUCACCAGGGAUGCGUGAUGUCACCAGAGUGGGCGCUGGCAGCCGAUCCGGCAGCGACGCCUCGCCCUGACGACGUGGACCUCGGUGUCGCCAUCGUGGACCGCUACAUUUUUGGGGAGGAGUGGAGCCGUGUCUACCCUGCCUACGAGGCGGAAGUCCGCUUCAACGCGCAGAUCGACGUCUGCCUCACGAUGAAGCUGCCACGUCGCCUCGUGGCCAUCACUAACAUUGUAGUUGACCGCCCCGGCUUGCGCGUGACGGCGGAGAUACGCUAUGAUCGUGCCAAGAUCGAGCGUGACGGGGUGGAACGGCGCAUGAACGGCUGCCCAUUCCGCUUCCUUCAGCGUUUCUACGACAUGCGCGACUUGUACGACCGCAUGCACGACGGCGCCGCCGCGCUCACCUGCAGCAGGGGUGCGCCCAUGUUGAUGAAACCAAGUGCCGCAAAUGGCCGUCGCCCCUCUGCGGCGACAUCACGCCGGGCGUCUCGCACAGUCCCAGCGCCGUGCCGCCGCUCAAGCCAUGGCCCGCAGUACACCAACAGUGACGUGAGCGAGAUCGGGGAAGGCUUCGAGGACGACUACGGCAUGGGCGCUCGCCGCGACGACUACGAUCGCGUCUGCGCCCCAGAGGACUUUAUGGUAAAGCGUCGCAGGCGCAUGGCCGCGGAACUGCGCCACCAGCUCGCAGACAACAUGGCUCAGCUGGAGCAGGAGGAGGAGUACCUCCGUGACCGCAUCCAGCUCGCCGAGGCGAAGGACCGGCAGACGGUCGGCAGGGAGGUACGCUUGAACGUGAAGGCGACGCUAGCAACUUCGCUGGCGAACCUGGAGGAGGAGGAGCGCGUGGAGCGGGCAGCGAUGGAGGUGAGUGCAGCGCGCCAGCUGCACGUGUUGAUGGGCAGCCACCGUCGGACGCUCGUGCUUUUCGGCUUACAAGCCAGCGAGGCCGAGCGGCGCAAGCAGAUCGGUGCGCAGGAGGCGCAGGCCCGACGUGACCUCAACGACGCCAUGAACCCAGCACUUGCCGAGCAGCGAAAGCAGGCGGUGCGUCGGGCACGCGAGGGGGAGGCUCUUGCCCGCCGCGGCGCCCCGUACCCGAGAAAACAGGAGUUGGAGGCGGCCCUGGUAGACGUGGAGGCGGACGAGGUGGCGGCGCGCGCGAUUAUCCGCUCGCAAGCGAUGGAGGCGCUGCUAGACCUGCUCUCCCGUUCGCCGGCGCCGAAGUUCAAGGACGGCCACCGUGUGCCGUCGUACGCAUCGUUCACGCUGAAGGCGCUUCUGAGCGACCUGCAAGCAGACGAGGUAGCGCAACGGCGGCAGAUCGCCGCCGAUGAGCGCCGCCGCCGCGCGCUGUACCGGCAUGAGGACGUCGUCAAACGCGAGGCGGCGGAUCGCGUGGCCAUCGAAGGGGCGGAGAUUGACGCCCGCGAAGGCAUUGUGGAUGAUAUGGUGGCUUUGAACCGCCACCAGCUGGAGCGCCGGCUGAACGAUCGCGAGCAGCUGCUGAGUAUGAUCAACGAGGAGCACUUUUACCGCAAGACAGUUCUGUCGGAUGAGCAGGACGCCUUCGAGGUCAUCGUCGAGCUUUUCACAGCGCGCCUGAAGGACUUGCUGGCCCGCACGCCGGAGGUCGGCGACGACGACGAUGAGGAUCUGCGCCGCCGCCGCGUGAGCACGACACGUCAGGCGAAGCCGUUCCACUACAUGACGUUCUCGCCGGAUGACAUGGACUACCCACCGAGCGCCGUGCUCGCCGUCGAGGGCAUCGUCGGCUGCUCAAUCAACAAAAACCUCGAGGUGGUUAGCGUGGCCCGGCCACUGCCCAAAGCGGAGGAGGAGGACCUGCAGCUGCAGGCCGGCGAUAUGAUUCUCGACGUGGCCGGCCACUCCCUGCACUCCCUGUCGCACCUGCGGGAGGUUUUGUCGAACCGCGCCAUGCAGAUCCAGGAGGAGACGUUUGCCGAGUUUCCAGACGUGCCGCAGGAUCAGCUCACCACGAGCCCGGCGUUGCAGAAGUACAUCGACGUUCUCUGCGAGCACCACAACUUCCUGGUGCAGGUGCUGCGCGGAUGUGAGAUCUACCAGAUCAUCGUUCGCUCCUAG